ACAUCUCUCAGUCCCAUCUACCUCUUUAAAACAACCUCACCACUUCACCCAUUUUCUGAUCUCUCACGCUCAAUUCCUGCAGCAAAGUUUACUUCACCCAUUUCUGAUCUCUCACACUCAAUUCCUGCAGCCAAGUUUCACGAAACAAACAUCCUACACCAACUACUCAAGGUUCAGGCUGCAAGUGAAAGCUAAAGAAGAGAGUUCUCUACGCCUGUUGUGAGAACGAAUAAGUUGUAGUGUGAUACUUCAAGCCAAGCAAAUAGGCUACUAGUUUUUCAGACUUGCAGGUUACUGAUCUAGGAUGGCCUUGGUCACAACAGCUGAAGUGUGUGAUACUAAUCCGCAACUUAUAGUGAGUGGUGAACUCCGAGCACUCCAUCCAAUUUUCCAGAUUUAUGGUAGGCGGCAAGUGUUCUCCGGCCCAGUUGUUACUUUGAAAGUGUUUGAAGAUAAUGUUUUGGUACGUGAGUUUCUUGAGGAGAAGGGCAAUGGAAGGGUUCUUGUUGUUGAUGGAGGUGGUAGUUUGAGAUGCGCGAUAUUGGGUGGUAACCCGGUUGUACAAGCUCAGAACAAUGGAUGGGCUGGUAUUAUAGUCAAUGGCUGCAUAAGGGAUGUGGAUGAAAUCAAUGGUUGUGACAUUGGGGUAAGAGCUCUGGCCUCACACCCGAUAAAAGCAAAUAAGAAAGGGGUUGGAGAAAAGCACGUACCUGUGAACAUUGCUGGGACCAGAAUCUGUGAUGGAGAGUGGAUGUAUGUGGACACUGAUGGUAUUUUGGUCUCUAAAACAGAGCUGUCGGUUUGAAACCAUCUCUGCUCGAUUGGCCGGAAGUUCUGUGGUAUGCUCUUCAGGAUUAUACUGAUUUUUGCUGUUUGAUAUCAUUUGUGAUUCUAUUCCCUCGACUUCAUGAUGAACUAAUAAGUUAUAACGAUAGUAUGUACUGUAAUAUGUAUGCUUGUGUUCUAAACUUACAUUCUAGUAGCCACUGGUGUUGUAUGCUAUUUUACUGUAUUCUUGUAUCUGAGUAUUUUCUUGAUUAAUCAUUUCACCCUUUUAAGCUA